GAGACGCUCGAAAACAGCCAGCAUAGCCGUUACAUAACAACCAUUCGGAUAAGAAAAAGCAUAACACACACACAGAAAUCACACCAUGGAUAUGGCGUCUCCAAAAUUGGCUGACUGCUUCCAUCCAUCAAUCCUCCUAAAACCUUCACUCACUUCUCUCUUCAUUACCCCUUGCCUUCUCCACCGAACGCACUCUCCAACGCCAUCCCACCGUCUACUAACCCGGGCCUCUCUCCAGCACCCAUCGUCGUCUCAGUCGCCCCUCAAUCGCAGGAAUUUUGUCUCCCAGACAGCUGCUAUUUCACUUUCUCUUGCUCCUUUAGUCGGCCUCACGCAGCAGGCUAAGGCCGAGGAGCCACUUUCCGAGUGGGAGCGAGUCUACCUUCCUAUUGACCCUGGCGUUGUUCUUCUCGACAUUGCUUUCGUUCCCGAUGACUCGAACCACGGUUUUCUGCUGGGGACAAGGCAAACCAUCUUGGAGACGAAAGACGGUGGGAACACGUGGGUUCCGCGUUCUAUACCAUCGGCCGAGGACGAAGAUUUUAAUUACCGAUUUAAUUCAAUCAGUUUCAAAGGAAAGGAAGGCUGGAUUGUAGGAAAGCCUGCCAUUUUGUUAUACACUUCUGAUGCUGGAGAAAGUUGGGAGAGGAUACCAUUAAGCGCACAACUUCCUGGUGAUAUGGUAUAUAUAAAGGCAACUGGAGAAAAGAGUGCAGAAAUGGUGACUGACCAAGGUGCAAUAUAUGUUACAUCAAACAGGGGUUACAACUGGAGGGCGGCUGUUCAGGAGACUGUCUCAGCUACACUUAAUAGAACAGUUUCAAGUGGUAUCAGUGGUGCUAGCUAUUAUACAGGCACAUUUAGCACUGUGAACCGUUCACCAGAUGGAAGAUAUGUUGCUGUCUCAAGCCGUGGUAACUUCUAUCUGACAUGGGAGCCUGGGCAGCCAUUCUGGCAACCACAUAACAGAGCAAUUGCACGAAGAAUUCAGAACAUGGGAUGGAGAGCUGAUGGUGGUCUUUGGCUUCUUGUUCGUGGAGGAGGACUUUACCUUAGCAAAGGCACUGGGGUAACAGAAGAUUUUGAAGAAGUUCCUGUGCAAAGUCGAGGUUUUGGUAUUCUUGAUGUUGGGUACCGUUCAGAGGAAGAGGCAUGGGCAGCUGGAGGCAGUGGCAUUCUAUUGAGAACUACCAAUGGUGGAAAGACAUGGAGCCGUGACAAAGCAGCUGAUAACAUUGCUGCAAAUCUUUACUCCGUGAAGUUUAUCAAUGAUAAGAAGGGCUUCGUGCUUGGGAACGAUGGGGUCUUGCUCCGAUAUCUUGGUUAAAGUGGUAAUCCACCCAAGGUUUUUCAAAGUGCUUGCAAUUUUGUAUAGUUGAUUUGUAUGCCUGGAUGUUUUGGCUGUAAAUUAUAUACAGAGGUACCAAACUUUCCCCGCAGUUCAAUACCAUAGUUGCAAUGUUUUUAUAGAAUUAGCUGUGAUUCUUUGUGAUCUGUUGUACCCCGAAAGAAGCUCUCACAGAAAUGAUGAGAUUAUGAUGUUCUUUUAUCAAGUAUUGGCCUACGUUGUAAGUCCAUUCCAAUGAAUACAUGAAUUAAGAGUUGCAAGUUUAA